AAUUGGAAUGCCUGGGUGUGAAAUGUGUAAUGAUAUGGCAAGUCCAGAUAAUUCUCCAAACUAUUUCCUGAUUUACUUUGUAAUGUGAAAUGCAUCCAAUCCAAAAGAAACAUUCUGUUGUUUUUUCCUACAGUUUUUCUUCUCAGAUGAUGAAAAUUGCUUUGUUUCAUAUGGAUUCUGGAAGUGCAUGUGAGGCUGUGAAAGUGUUGUGACAUACACAUGGACAUAUAUGCACAAAAUACACCAUAUGUCAGUUAUGAAUGUAGCCAACACCUCUUGAUUCAGAAAGAAAAAUGUUUAAAUUUGCAAUUAUCGUGCCUUUUUAAAAAUUGUAUUUACUUGUUUUCCCAUUUCUUAAUCUCUGAAGGUCUGUGCAGACUGAAGGGAUGUUAGGCUUUCUUGAUCUUCCACUACCUGAAUUAAUUCAAGUUCAAUACAUCUUAUGUUAAGUAAAGGUACCGACCCACAAUCUGUUCCUCUGUCUGUGCAUUGUCUGUUGAAGACCACAUGAAUAAUUGGAUAUUGAUAUUACCAAAAUUUUCUUCCAUAUAAUGAAUAUGCCUUUUUAAAAUGUGAUUUUUUUUUUCUGAAGUAAUUAUUCCAUUAACUAUUUAAUUAGAUCAGAAUUCUUGUGGUCUUUAAGAAUCGUGUAAAUGCAGUGGAUCACUCAUCUUAAGCUGCAUGAACUAACAUUAAAUUGGCAAUGUUUGGCUGAGCACAAUGGGUUUUUUUCUGGUGUUUGUUAUUACCAAGAAAUGUUUUUACACAACUAUAAGGAACAUUAAGGCACACUGACUGCACAAUUCAUCAUUUUGAACUGAAGGUCUCAAGCUUCACACGUUAAAGUGCAUCUACAAAGGCUAAUGGAUAUUGAAGAGUAUCAUAAAAUAAGAAAUGCUGCAGUCAUUGAAAUCAAGCUCUGAAGGCACAAUUUGUGAAAUACACCCUUAAAGUGAUUUAACAUGCACUUAGAGUGUCCUAAAGUGUGCGCUCCUAUACCAUUCAAACAGCAUAGCUGAUGCCAGUGGUGGUGUUGCAUAAUUGAAUUUGUAUCAAACUCUUCAUGUUGCCAGCAGUAAUUGAAGUUAAACAAGAGAAAUUGGAACCAGAUGUGUAAACAUGACAGCAUGACCUAGGUGUAGCAGAGCAGGCUUGGGGUCAGAAGCAGAAUUCAACAGGAAGGAAGCAAUAUCAAACGAAUGAGCUGUUUAUGAUGAAUGCCAACAUUUCGAAAUGGCAAUACAUUACCAUGGUGACAUUGAUAGAUAUACAAACAAGGCACUUAGUAGACCUAUUGUGAAAGACAGGAGUAUUGAAUUUGCCCAGAAAUGUAGUGACCAGAUAAGUGAUAUUAAAUACAAAGAACACUACAUAAAGUCAAAAGGAAAGUAUACAUUUGUGCCAGAUACACCUCAUCAACAAUGUAUGAAAAAUGCAAAUAUUCUUAUGUCAGAGACCAAAUACAAGGAACGUAUGAAAAAGGAAAGUUCUAAGUGUUUGUAUGCUCAGAUGCCCGCCACUAUCGAAACUGUAUUUGCUAAAGAAGUUUCUCAGGUUCAGAGUAAGAAGCAAUAUAAACAAAAAUAUGAUGCAGAGAAAGGAAAAUCAAAUUAUUCCAAUAUGAAGGUGCUGCCAGAUGUUAAACAUGCAAUGGAAGUCCAUAAACGUCAAAGUGAUGUAUUGUACAAGAAAGAUACAGAUACCAUUCACAGUUAUACAGAGAUCAUUGAUAGACCAGAUAUCAAAAAAGCAACACAAGCUACCAAGCUGGUUAGCAAUUUUGCUUAUAAAAACAAAGCUAAAACAGAAGCCUCUAUGAAAACGUCUGUUAUUGGUAGACCAGACAUAGAACAUGCAAAGGAAGUCUCAAAAAUUACCAGCCAAGUUCACUAUAAAGACAACUUUAAUAAGGAGAUCAAAGGAAAGAGACAUGGAUUCAAUCCCCAGGAGAGCGCUUCCUUCAGACAAUUGCAGGCAGCAUCUAUUCUUGCAAGUACUGUGAAAUACAAGGAUGAUCUUCAAAAACUGAACCAGACAUCAUCAAAUUUACCCAACCUGUUGCACCUGGAACAUGUAUUGGCAGUCAGCAAAUUGCAAAGUGAUCAUGAAUACAAGAAAGAGUUUGAAAAAACCAAAGGUCAUUAUCACUUGGCUCUUGAUACGUCUGAACAGCUUCAUCAUAAGGAGAACGCUAUAAUCCAAAGUCAGAACAAAUACAAGGAGGACUAUGAAAAAACUAAAGGAAAGUCAAUGCUGGAAUUUACUGAGACUCCUGGUUACAUGGCAGCAAAACACGCACAGUUCAUCCAGAAUGAGAAAGAAUACAGGAAAGAUUUUGAUGAAUUGAUCAAAAGCAGCAUAUCUCUGGAUCUUGAUAUGACCCCAAGUUACUUGCAUGCCAAACAUGUCACCAGUCUCCUUAAUAAGAAAGAAUAUAUAAAAGAUUGGGAAGAAAACAUCAAAGGAAAAGGGCUCACUUUGAUAGAAGACACCCCUGACAUGAUUCGUGUCAAAAAUGCGUCGCAGAUAUUAAAUGAGAAAGAAUAUAGAAGAGACUUGGAAGAAGAUGUAAAGGGAAAGGGUCUCACUCUGCUGGAAGAUACGCCAAACAUGAUUAGAGUUAAAAAUGCAACCCAAAUAUUAAAUGAGAAAGAAUACAGAAAAGAUCUUGAAGUCAAAAUCAAAGGCAAAGGGAUGCAAUUGACUUCAGAUGUACUUGAUGUUAAACGUGCCAAGAAUGCAUCAGAAAUUGCCAGUCAGGCAAUGUAUAAACAGACAUCGGACUUGGGACAAAACAAAUAUGGAACUGUAACAGACACCCCAGAGAUGAUACAUGCUGCACACGUAAAGGAUAUGUACAGUCAGAAAAGAUACAAAAGUGAAGCAGAAAAGACGCUGAGUACGUGCACUGCAAUUGCAGACCCUCCAGAAAUAGAAAGAGUUAGGAUAAACCAGAAAAAUCUUAGCUCGGUGCUUUAUAAAGAAGAGAUUGGUGCUGGUACAGCAGUAAAAGAAACUCCAGAAUUGAAACGUGUUAAAGAAAAUCAGCAAAAUAUCAGUAUGGUGAAUUACAAAGAUGAAAUUGGACAAGGAACAGCAAUUCCAGAUCUUUAUGAUUUAAAACGUGUCAAGGAGAAUCAGAAGAACAUCAGCUUGGUCCAAUAUAAAGAAAAGGUUGGCACAGGCACAGCAGUCUGUGUUACUCUAGAGACAGAGCGGGCCAAGAAAAAUCAAUCAAAUAUCAGUUCGGUGCUCUACAAUACUGACUUGAAGGAAAUGCAAGGCAGACCAAUUCAGCUUUUUGACACUCCAGAAAUGAGACGUGUUCGUGAAACACAAAAUAAUAUCUCUCUGAUUAAAUACCAUGAGGACUUUGAGAAGACAAAGGGAAAAGGUUUCACUUCGGUAGCUGAUGAUCCGGUAACAGAGCGAGCUCGGAAGAACACUCAAUUUGUAAGCGAUGCAAUGUACAAAGGGGUACAGCCCCAUGUGGUGGAGAUGGAGAAAAACAGAACGGGCAUUAUGGGAGAACUUAAAGUAUGGCGUACUGAUCCUGGUUCCAUCUUUGACUUUGAUCCUCUUGAAGACAACAUCCAAAGCAGAAGUCUACACUUGCUCUCUGAAAGGGCAAAACGUUAUAGUAAACAGUCUCAGUCCACGGGUGUGGGUAGCAUAAGUGCUGGAGAUGAAAGGUCAGAGAUGACAGAGCUUAAUCCAACCUUCUCCAGCUGCAGUGAAAAUACCCUGGAAUUAUCCGAGGAAGGAGCUGCAGUACUUCCUGGAGCUUACCAGCAGAUGCAUUCUCCUCAUUCUCCUGGAUAUGGUUAUAUGCAUCAGUCCAAUGUUUCCUCCUUGAGGCCACAGCAUUCUCUUCCUCAUCAAAUCAGUAUGCGGACAUACCGAGCAAUGUAUGAUUACACUGCUGCUGAUGAGGAUGAGGUUUCCUUCAAGGAUGGCGAUUAUAUCAUCAAUGUACAAGCAAUUGAUGAGGGUUGGAUGUAUGGCACUGUCCAGAGAACUGGAAAAACUGGAAUGCUUCCAGCCAACUAUGUUGAACCUCUUCACUGAAUCCUGUUUCUCACCGUUUGUGCUUAAGCCUUUAUUUUUAUUACACUAAAUGGUAAUUAAAAUAUUGAAAGGGGAAGAUAACUCUUACAUAUAUUAAAAUCCUAUUUACUAUCUAAAUAGCUUUUCAUUAUUGUAUUAAUGAUGUUCUCUUGAGACUUUCUAAGAAAUUCUUCUUCCUACUGACUAAUCAUAUUGUUCAGAAGGAAAACUCAUUACUCUGAUUUCCUGCAGUCAAUAAGGCUUUUAACAAUGUUGACAUGUCAGCAUUGACAAUGCUAGUCUUUAACAGUUAUACAGAAACUUUCAGCUGUUCUGUUUGUGUUGCAGGUUAUGAUCAGCUUUGAUCAUAACUCACUGUACCACAAAUAUAAUAAUGGCUGUAUGAAGCUUUACUUUAAGUGCUUCUGUAGUAUUUGAAGAUUCUUGUUUUUGCGAAGUGUUUUAAGUUCAAGAGGUCCGUCAUGAUAAUCAUGUGUGUUACAAAUGAAUGUGGGCUAAUUCUGGAGAGAUUUAAUACUAACUCGUGCACAUUUGUAUUUUGCCUGUGAGAUGCACAAAGGUUACUAAUGUCAACUGUAUAACAUGAAGUAUUUCCUUAGUGGGACUUUGUCUGUCUUCCUAUGCACUGUGGAUAUCUCAAGCACUUUCUUCAGACUAUGAAUUGACCCUGAAUAGUUUGCUUGAUAAUGUUUUAUUUCAGAGGAUUUGUUUUUUGCUUUUUAGAUUUUGGAGUAUUUUGGGUUAUUAGAAACUGAGAUACCAUUGGAUGAGUGUCAUCUGGGUUUGUUUAGUUUAGCUUUGCUUGAUUUGGUUAUUGGUUAUGCAUGCUCUGUCUGCAGUGUCUUGAUAGUCAAUAAUCCAGUUUAUUGAAUUGUUUAUAAAGUAGUUCUCAUUAAUUUUAUCCUGAUGAAUGAAAAACUGUGUAUUACUAGCACAACAAUACUGUGACUAGUGCCACAAAGGAUUAAAUAAAGAUACCAUAGUAUGUUCA